CCUUCCUCCCCUCUCUCAAUAAAGCCGAGGCGGGCGCAGGAGGCGGCAGCCAGUCGUUUGCAACUCUUCCCUGGGAGAGGAGCGGCUUCCUUGCGCGCAGACCAAAGGAGGAGGAGGAGGAGGAAAGAAGAGGAGAAAGAAGAGGAAGUGGAAGUGCAGACUUCUUCAUUCCAAACCGGUCAACUAUGAAUGCUGUUGAUUUGCCUCCCAUAUUUGAAUUUGUGGAAGGAGGGAACCUCACCGAAACCAACCUGACUUGCAACAAUGGAGACUGUAUCACUGUGGACUCCUUAUCAUGCCCAAACAACCUCAAUAAGACUGCCUUGCUCUACACCCUCUCUAUCUUUUAUAUCUUUAUAUUUAUGAUAGGCCUAGUGGCCAACUUUGUGGUUGUCUGGAUGAACUUCCAAGCCAAAACCACCGGCUAUGAAACUCACCUCUACAUCUUCAAUCUGGCUGUCGCUGACCUCUGUGUGCUCAUCACUCUUCCGGUCUGGGUGGUUUCCCUUGUCCAGCAGAGCCAGUGGCAUUUGGGAGAAAUCACCUGCAAAAUUACUCACCUUGUUUUUUCCAUCAACCUCUAUGGGAGCAUCUUCUUCUUAGCCUGCAUGAGUGUGGACCGAUAUCUCUCAGUGGCCUACUUCACAACCUCCAGCAAUAUGAAGAAGAAAAGGAUCCGCCGCUGCAUCUGCAUUUUUGUCUGGCUUUUUGCCUUCUUUGUGUCUCUUCCUGAUACAUACUAUCUGAAAACCAUUUCCAACAACAAUGAAACUUAUUGCCGUCCUGUCUAUCCAGAAGAGAAUGCCAGGGAGUGGUUAGCUGGUAUGGAACUGAGCUCAGUUCUUCUUGGUUUUAUCAUCCCCUUUCCUGUCAUUGCCAUUUUCUACUGCCUCUUUGCGAAAGCCGUAUCAGCCUCUAAUGACCAAGAAAGAAAGAGCAACGGGAAAGUAAUUUUUGCCUAUGUUGUCGUGUUCCUUGUCUGCUGGCUACCAUACCAUAUUGCAGUCUUGCUUGACUUCUUCCUUGCCUUCCACUUCAUACCUUUCAGCUGCCAAAUGGAGAACUUCCUUUACACAGCCCUCCAUGUCACUCAGUGUUUCUCCCUGGUUCACUGUUGCAUCAACCCCAUCCUCUACAAUUUCAUCAACCGAAACUAUAAGUAUGAACUCAUGAAAGCUUUUAUCUUUAAGUACUCCGCUAAAACUGGUCUUACUAAGCUGAUUGACACUUCUAGGGUUUCAGAAAUGGAGUACUCCGCUCUGGACCAAAUCACUAAAUAGCUAUGGCCUUGCACACAAACAAAAAUACGAAGAACUUUUUAUCAUGCUUUGUCUUCAAUAGGACAAUAAAUAUGAUCUGAUGCUAAAGAAAUGGCAAAGGGUGGACAAUGUAAAACUGUGUAGCAAAAGAUGUACUACCAAAAUAUUGCAUUUAAAAUGUUUCAUAUGUUUUAUCGACUGUUAGCUAACCCACACUGCUUUUUGUUUUGUUAGUGAAGAAACAGAGCAGUAAAGAAAGGUCAUAUUGUAAAAUAAGUUAUUUCUUAUUUUAUUAUACCAUAUUUAGGGAUCACAGAGCCUCUUCUCUUUUUACCUUGACUUCACAUUUACAAUGCGUAUUUAAAAAACACAAUACAACUCUAUUUUCUUGCCCUUGCAAUUGUAUUGCAAAAUUAAAGAUAUCUAACCUUAAGUGUAUUGUGUCUAUAUUGACUAUAGAAUGAUGUAGUUUAAAUAUUAGAUUUUCAGUUGACAUGCUACUAUAAGAGCAGAUUGUGUAACAACUGUUAAAUGAAAAUGGCAUAUAUUCUGAUUUUGCCUUGACAGACAUACUUUCUCAAUAUAUAGUUGUAAUAUAAUCUAUAAUAUAUAUAUAAUGCUAAUUAUAGUGUGUUGAUGCUAUGUUAUGUUUAAUGCUCAGUCACUUACAGAUUGUAUUCAAUGUACCAUCUCACUGUUUGUAAAUUAUUUUUUGAAAAUAAAUACUGUUGGAAAA